AUGCUUCAGGGCAGGGUAUGGGGAUCAUACCAGCCUCCAUCCCUACACUCAGGCAGAACCAUUUCUCCAUUACAGAACAUUGGCAAAAAGAUGUCCUGCCAGCAAUUCAUUGCCAACUUGGACCAGCUGAAUGAUGGCCAAGACUUUGCCAAAGACCUGCUGAAGACCCUUUACAACUCCAUCAAGAAUGAAAAGCUGGAAUGGGCCAUUGAUGAGGACGAGCUGAGGAAAUCACUCUCUGAGCUGGUGGAUGACAAGUUUGGGACAGGCACCAAGAAAGUGACACGGAUCCUGGAUGGUGGCAACCCCUUCCUGGAUGUCCCGCAGGCUCUCAGCGCCACCACCUACAAGCAUGGUGUGCUGACUCGGAAGACUCACGCCGACAUGGAUGGCAAGAGGACACCCCGUGGGAGGCGUGGCUGGAAGAAAUUCUACGCGGUGCUCAAAGGGACCAUCUUGUACCUACAGAAGGAUGAGUAUAGGCCCGACAAAGCUCUGUCUGAGGGCGACUUGAAGAACGCUAUUCGUGUGCACCAUGCUCUGGCCACCAGGGCCUCUGACUACAGCAAGAAGUCCAACGUGCUCAAGCUGAAGACGGCUGACUGGAGGGUCUUCCUCUUCCAGGCACCGAGCAAGGAAGAAAUGCUGUCAUGGAUCCUUAGGAUCAACCUGGUGGCCGCCAUCUUCUCAGCCCCCUCCUUCCCUGCUGCUGUCAGCUCCAUGAAGAAGUUCUGUCGGCCCCUGCUGCCCUCCUGCACCACUCGCCUCUGCCAGGAGGAGCAGCUGCGUUCUCAUGAGAAUAAGUUGAGGCAGGUGACUGCGGAGCUGGCUGAGCACAGGUGUCACCCCAUCGAGAAGGGCGUCAAGUCCAAGGAGGCUGAGGAGAACCGGCUGAAGGAGCACUAUCUCACUUUCGAGAAAAGCCGAUAUGAGACCUAUAUCCACCUCCUGGCUGUGAAAAUCAAAGUGGGCUCAGAUGACCUGGAGCGGAUUGAGGCCCGGCUGGCCACUCUGGAAGGGGAGGAUCCUUCUCUCCGCAAGACACACUCAAGCCCCGCCCUCAGUCAGGGCCACGGAACUGUGACCGGCAGCAAAGCUACGAAGGAUACCACUGGGCCUGAUACUUAGCUGGCAUGGAUGGGCAGGCCCCAGAGGCAGGCAAAUGUCCCCAGAGGGGUCAGUGAGCACAAUUCCAGCCAAGGGCCACUUGCGCCAGCUCCAGGCAGUUGACAGGCAGCUAGAGGGGUGCGGAGAGCCCCGUGGGCCAAGGAGAUGGAGACGCUAUUCGUGGUGUUGAUCUUCUUGCAUCCUGGGGUUUAUCUGGGCCUCAGACCUUCUCCCCAGCCCUCACAUUCCUCUCCACCCCGGAGCCUCAUUUUGUAGGCCAGUUGUGUGCAUGCUCUAGACACAAUCUCACUGGAGGAGGAGGAGGAAGGGCAGCUGGCUUCCCAGGCCCUCCUCCCCUUCUCACAAGUUCCUUCCCACAUCCCCCUUGUUCCCAAGGGUGGGUCUGGACUCCAGCUGUCAGCUUGGAUCCCCACCUCUCCUCCUCCUCCUUCCUCAGACUUGACCAGCCGCAGGUCUGCGGACCACCAGCACCAUCCUCUCCUCCCUCCACCCAGUAGCUUCUGGAACCAUGCCCUGUUCUCCUGCCUCCCUUUGCAAUAAUCCCGGACCCGGGCCUGCUCCCUCGAUGUCAAGCUGUCUACUCACGUGUGCGGCCACCUCACCUUCCAUUUAUGGAGGCCACUACUGCUUUCUUUUAUAUGGACAAAAAUGUAUAUAUACAAGAAUUGUAUAUAUAAAUAAGGGGCCCCUUGAAAGAUGAUUUUGGAAUUGAUAUCAAGAUGAAAUAAGAUGAAGGAAAACCUAUUUGGGAACUCCACCUGUUAGCAAGGAGGGCUGCUCUCUGGCCCCUUGGUGGCCCAGACACUCUGGGAGAGAAGGUGGAGAUAGUGCUGACCUCCUCUUACCCCCUUUUCCCCUCUUCCGGCUGACCUGUGACUUACACUGCUCUUACAGUUGAUGUUUGGAAUAAAUAGACAGUGUGUGUGUAUGCCAUCCCACCUGUCCCACAGGCAUUCUGGGGUGUGAGUGGGAUGGGACCAUGGCCCUGUUUAUAUUUUGGUCUUUAUGUUGGUGCUGCUAGGUCUCUGAGCUCCAGAGGUGGCCUCUUGUACAGACCUACUGCUCCGGGAAUAAAAGACACUCUGCCUUGCAAACAGCCGCUUGUCAACAAGCCCAAAGAUGUUUGGUGGAGGAAGGUUAUGGAAGCCAUUAAUUCCUGAUCUUGGGAAAAGGUGGAGUAAGAAGUUGCUGAUUGGUUUUUAAGCUGAUAUUUCUUUCACUCUUCUAGUGACUCGGAAAUGCUAGCUAAGGACAUGUCUGGGAAGGAUAGAAAAAUUUGCCACGUGAUGAUCACAGGCUAGUAUCUUGUAAACCCUGAAUUCCUCAGACGGACCAGCGGUGGAGGUGAUGGGCCUUCAAUGAGCUAUGAUGAGCAGAUCCUUUAUAUUUUUAAAAUAGAUUAGUUUGGGCAGCAAUUUGACCUCAGUGGUAAUAUAUUUAGUUAGUGGCAAGGUUGGCUUAUCUUAUUAAGUACCUAACAGUUCAAGCACGCUCACAUUUGAUGCAAGGGACAUAUGAGUCUGUGGAAAUAUGUAGUGAUUUAAAUCCAGAUGAUUUAAUUUGGAUCAGCUGAAGUGUAUUUUACACCCAAA